AUGAGUUUGAAUUCGCUGAAUAUAGUGGGAAUGUCUCUUUGUGGAAUCUCUAUAGGAGGCCAUUUGAUUAUUCUCAAGCGUUUAGCCCUUGACUUGUUUUCCAAAAACCACGCAGGUCGUACGCUCAAGCAGGCCUUGUUUGUUCUCAACAUGUUGUCGAUUAUCUUGCAAUUGAUUCAAAUUAGUAUAGCAUCAAUGUACUCGGGAGUUCCAUUGCCACGUCAAGAUACGCUUCAUAUUAUACGUGGCAUUUUAUCCGGGCUUUCUAUUGGUGGGGUUGGAUGUCUUCAGCUUGAGAUUCGUAUUAUUUUUAGUUCGUUUUUCAACAAAAGUGUGCAGCAUUGGCACUUUUGGACAGAUGCCAACAAGACACGAAUUCGUGUUGCAGUCAUUCUCUUGCAUCUCAUUGUAUUUUGGCCAGAAUAUAUCAAGUUUUAUACUGCUCCAUGGAUCCAAACAUGGGAAUUUAUCGGUGUUUUUAUCAACGUAACCAUUGUGAUUGUUACAAGUUUCUCUCAAGCCAUUAUUAUAAUACGAAAGUUGGAGAAACAUCAAGCUGGACCAGCAACUCAACAGCCAACGUGGACACGCAAUCGGCUUGCCACUUUUUUAAUCUUGACAUUUAUGGUAAACUUGGCUGGAGUCGUGGCCAUUUUUUUGGAAGCCAUUCAUCUCAACACCACCAAUGAUCCAAAUGAACAGAUCCGAAUGAUCUUGGAUGCCAUUGCAAUAUCGUGUAUUGGCUUUGAGCUAGUAUGCGAGUCAUACAUUAUUGUCAGGGUUGUCGAUAUUGUGGCACAUUCCAACUCUGACCCAAGUAUAAGUGCCAACGAAAAAACUAUAUCAGUAAUGGAGUUUCAAAAAUCGCAGUGCAUUCCGGUCACACCAUUUCAAGCACUUUCCGUCAUUUCAAAAAAUCAUGACCGUUCAAAUUUGGUAAACUAUCUUUCCAAUUAUCCUUGGCCUACAGAUCCAGACAAGACCCAAACCACUGAAGAAAGUGACCAGUUUGUUUCAACUAAAACUGCAAGCAUCUAG